CCGUUGCCUUGCUCUGUGAGGAGAGAUCGAGGAAGAAUCGGCGUGGAGUCGAUCCCCCUCCGACGAGGCAGAAGAGACGGAGAGGCCGCCCCGAGAGAGAGAGAGAGAGAGAGAGAGAGAGAGAGAGAGAGAGAGAGAGAGAGAGAGAUGAACGACUCAGACGAGGCCUCACGGCGCCGCUCCGUCGUCGCUGAGUACCGAAAGAAGCUCCUUCAGCACAAGGAGCUCGACUCCAGAGUUCGCGCCAUCAGGGACAAUGUGCGUGCAGCGAAAAAGGAAUUUGCUAAAACGGAGGAUGACUUGAAGUCACUUCAGAGCGUUGGGCAAAUAAUAGGAGAAGUCCUUAGGCCUCUUGAUAAUGAGCGCUUGAUUGUAAAAGCCAGCAGUGGUCCAAGGUAUGUGGUCGGUUGUCGGAGUAAGGUUGAUAAAGAGAAGCUGACAGCAGGCACACGAGUUGUUCUUGACAUGACAACUCUCACAAUUAUGCGGGCACUUCCUCGUGAGGUUGAUCCAGUUGUGUAUAACAUGCUUCAUGAAGAUCCUGGUAACGUAAGUUACUCUGCUGUUGGUGGCUUAUCUGAUCAAAUUCGAGAGCUGCGAGAAUCUAUUGAGCUUCCACUCAUGAACCCUGAGCUCUUUAUCAGAGUUGGAAUAAAACCUCCCAAGGGUGUGCUUCUCUAUGGACCUCCUGGCACAGGAAAAACCUUGUUGGCAAGAGCUAUUGCCAGCAACAUUGAUGCUAAUUUUCUAAAGGUUGUUUCAAGUGCAAUUAUUGACAAAUACAUCGGUGAAAGUGCACGGCUGAUCCGUGAAAUGUUUGGAUAUGCACGUGAUCAUCAGCCUUGCAUCAUUUUCAUGGAUGAGAUUGAUGCAAUUGGUGGCCGGCGUUUUAGUGAGGGCACAAGUGCUGAUCGUGAAAUUCAAAGAACACUUAUGGAGCUUCUUAAUCAGCUUGAUGGAUUUGACCAACUUGGAAAGGUUAAGAUGAUAAUGGCAACCAACCGUCCCGAUGUUUUGGACCCUGCUCUGCUCCGUCCAGGUCGAUUAGACCGCAAAAUUGAGAUCCCUUUACCAAAUGAGCAGGCAAGAAUGGAAAUUCUAAAAAUUCAUGCUGCUGGAAUUGCAAAACACGGGGAAAUUGAUUAUGAAGCUGUUGUAAAGUUGGCAGAGGGGUUUAAUGGAGCUGAUCUUCGGAAUGUCUGCACGGAAGCGGGUAUGUCUGCAAUCAGGGCUGAGCGGGACUAUGUCAUACAUGAAGAUUUCAUGAAGGCUGUCCGGAAGCUGAAUGAAGCAAAGAAGCUGGAAUCCAGUGCACAUUAUAACGCUGAUUUUGGUAAAGAUUAGCCUGGAGGGCUCUAACUUUGGAUGGUUGGCCUUUUAAGUGCUAAGAUCUGCCACGGCUUGCACACAUCCUUGGAGACUUGGGGGAGUAAUUCCAUGUUUAUUGGUCAUCCUUACGUGAAAAUUCUGUGUAUUAUUUUUCUUCUCCUUCGAGCAUUACAGUUCUAUUUUUGGAAAACAUAAAUAUUGGUGGUUCUUUGGUUCUUGGAGUAAGACCCCCUCCUCUGAUAGUUGAUAAUGAAAACAAAUGCAAAACCCGUUAGCAAAUGGAAUAUCUUUUUACAUGAAA